ACUCUGUCCAGAACCACAGACAUAGGGCAACUAGACCAGCCUACUGAGAAAGAGAGAGAGAGAACAAGAAAGAGACAGAACUGAGAGAGAGACAAAUCAAAAUUAUGGCUGUGGUGGUUAGAGACUGACUUGGAGUGUAUCAACAGACUACUGCCAUGUUUGUGAGAGCUUGAAUCUUGUUUAUUUGCCAUUUUGAAGGAAAAAGGACCCAAGAAGGAGUGCUUAACAGCCAGGGAGAGCUGUGCUCAAACAUGAACUGCGUUACAUUGAUAAUGGUGACUGCCAGUUUUCUCUCUUGGACUGCUGCCAUUUUUCACCACAGCAAAAAAGGCAAAGAGAAGGCCCUCCAGUAUCUUGUGGAGCCACCGGUGUAUGCAGAGGUCACAUCUCGAAGAGGCGAGAACGUUACCCUGCCUUGUGUACUGCGGAUCAAACCUUCUCACUACAGAGUGAAAUGGACAAAAGUUGACCCUCUUCAUCGAGGAGUGGAAAAUGUUGUUCUCAUUACGAACGGCCAUGCGGAUAAACAUUAUGGCCCCCUGGGACCCAGAGCAAGGCUUCGCCGUGCGCAUGCACUGGAUAUCUCUCUCCUUCUCUCUGGCCUACAGCUGGAGGAUGAUGGCCAAUAUCGAUGCGAGGUCAUCAACGGAAUCGAAGAUGAAAGCGUGGACAUUACUCUCAGGAUUGAUGGAGUUGUGUUUCCCUAUCAGAGCAGCAGUGGUCGGUACAAACUGUCCUAUAUUGAAGCUAAAGAGGCCUGUAGAGAGCAGGAUGGCACACUGGCAACAUACAAACAGCUCUACAGGGCAUGGACAGAAGGUCUGGACUGGUGUAAUGCUGGAUGGCUAAAUGAUGGCACAGUCCAUUAUCCAAUCCUGGACCCACGACCAGCCUGCGGAGGAGAUCUUCCUCCAGGGAUCCGCAGCUAUGGACCAAAAGACCGGACACAGGAGCAUUAUGAUGCCUUCUGCUUCACUUCUACCACUGAAGGUGUGGUAUUCUAUGUCCCUGGGCCACUGGAUUUUUCUGAAGCAGUGCAUGCAUGUAGGGAGAAAGGAGCUAACCUUGCCCGUGUGGGACAGCUCUACUCCUCCUGGAUGUUUCUAGGGCUGGACCGAUGCGAUGGAGGCUGGCUACAGGAUGGUAGUGUACGUUUCCCAAUCAGGACCCCAAGGGAACACUGUGGUGGAAUUCCAGAACCUGGGGUCCACAGUUUUGGAUUCCCAAGCAAAAGCUUACGUCUUUAUGGGGCAUACUGCUACAGGUAAAUUACCUACAUCAUUAGCUCUUAUUGGAACAGAACACAAGGCUAAACAUUAUUGAUAGUAUUGAUCUGGAAAGCUGGAAUUAAUAUAGUAAUAAUAGUUACACAAGGAGAAUGGUGUGGAGAUGAGCCCAGCAGUUUUCCAGUUAAGUAUCAAUCUGAUAUUUUCAGCACUGAUACGGAUAAUUACUUUGGUCUUAUAUUUUGUAAAAACCUUUAACUUGUGUUUUAUAGAGGGAAUUCAUACUGGGUGAAUGAUAACUAAUGUGUUAUUAAUGUGCACUCUUAAAUAAUCUGAAAGAUAACUAUGCUUGUAAAUUAUUAUCAGAUCUUCUUGUUUCCUAUCUGGAUGAUGUUUUGUUAUGUACAUGAUCUAACACUUGUACAAUGUGUAAUGCUCUUUACUAAUUUUCAAUGCUUAUAAUAUGCCUGUGGAUUUACUAAAAAAAAAAAAAAAAAAAAAAAGUACACUUACUUCCAGGUAAAAAUAAGAAGAAAAA